GAGAGAAGAGGAGCAUCGCGAGAGGAGAAGUUCCCUGCCAAGGAGGAGGUCCCACGACCAGGCCUCGCACCACGCCAAGCGUUCCGACGAGUCGAGGAGAAGAGCUCACCAGAGAGGUGGCCGCAAACAUCAAAGGCGCUUGUUUGGAGGUGAACCUGCCCACUUCCAGUCUUGCUCUUGCGGACGACGACUGGGGAGCUUUCCUGGUGGACCGGGUGGACGCCAAGCUAGAUGCCAGCUUGAAGCGCCACUUCAGCAGAGGCGUGGUCAGCUUUGGAGGCCUUGGUGCAGGGGGAGUUCUUGACGAUCCACCUCUGCUUGAGUUCUGGUGUGCAGAAGCGUUUUUGUCUUGCGAGUACAUCAAGAAGGACAAGUUGGCGCUUCUCAAAAGGUGGCUCAAGGAAAUGGCCCCUACAGCCACGGGACCUCGAAGACGUCCGCCUGCAAAAGAGGAGCGCGUGAAGCCUGGAGCUACAGAGAAGCGAGAGUUGAAGAAGAAGUUAGAAAAGGCCAAAAAGGCCAAAGGACGUGCCGUUGGAGAUGGAGAAGAAGUGGAAGAGCCAGAUGGAGCAGGAGACGAAAGCUCGGAUGGUUCGAUCGAGGAGGUGCCGGCCCGCGAGACGGGUACAGUGCUGGCAGGCGCCGAGGCACUACGUACUCGACGGGGCAAGGAUGUGCUGGCAACAACCGCCGAUGCACGUCAGGGUACAAAAGGAAGUUCUACGAAGAGCUUGAGCGGGCAACUGGUGGCUCAGGCGAUGGCAGUUGCGAGUCAUCGGAAGAAGGUGAAAGCGAAGAACAAGAAGCCCAAGCGCGAUAAGAGGAAACAGGUGGUGGAUGCCUUGGUGAAGAUCCUUACACCAUCUUCUUCAACGGCGACAGAGAAGAAGAAAAAGAAAAAGAAGAAAGGGCAGAGGAAAAGGAAGACCUUAGCCGAUGGGACGAUAGUCUCUUGCAGUUCCGACUUCAGCAGCUCUGCGGAGGAGGAGUCAGCAGACAAGGCAAGCAGCGAGGAGCAACUGGAGCAAGGUUCCUUGACGGAGCUUCGAGAAGGAGGGAACAUGGUGACAGGGGGCAUCAAAGUGGCAACCUACUUUGCACAGCUGAGGGAGCUCCGAGAGAUGCACUCCCUGGCGGCGACCCUGGAUCUCCUGCGAGGUUUAUGGCGCAGCAAUAUCAGAACUGACAGACGGCGCGCUUCAUGGAACUACAUCCAAUGGAGGACACGAGCUCAGGCUCAGCAGCCAUUGGCCACUCGAAAGCACGGACGUUUGGUCGACAAGGUCCAGGGCAAAGAUCGCGGAAGCUGGGGUGGAUGGUUCCCCUCAAAUCGAGGUCGUGGAAAAGGAGGCUGGAAAGGUCAAGGAGAAGGUGGCUUUGGUCAGAGGAGCGAGAAAAGAAAGAGCAAGGAUCGAGGCAAGAAGAGCAAAGGAAAGGGAGCCCAGUGGGACAACAAAGUCUCGGAGUGGGCCAACAGCAAGGAGAGCACAGCAGCAACUUUGGAUUGGGGAGACAUUUUGAAACUUUGCGCUGACUUGAACAAGAGUGGGUGCGCUUUAGCUUGGUGUCUCUUCAAUGCCGAAGAGCUCUAUCACCAGUAUGGGAAUUCGACGUUUAAACGCUGCUUCUUCGUCAUGGACAUGGAGCUCAAGGCUGGGCGUCGUCGCUCAGCUUUUCCUUUCUGUGAAGGAGAUUUUGCGGCAACAAAGGAAGUUUGUCAAAAGACUUCACUGGCAGAGUCGGUUACCGACACUUUUUGCCUGAGCUGGAGGAGAAGGGCCUGGGUCGUGCUGGCCUGUUGCACCUGCAACAGUCUCUGGAGCCGGCCGCAACCUUUUUGCAGUGGCGGCUGGUGCAAGGAGGCAAAGCGCAUGGUGUUAGCCGUGGAGACGUCCGUUGGUCGGAUGGAAAGCCACGGCCUAGCCGAGCACAUUGACUUUGAAGGCCUGGAAAAGGAUGUAGGGCAGAAAUUGCCAAAGCUACAAGGGCGUAUUCAUAUCGAGAAAGGAGAUGACAAUGCCAUCGCAGCAGAAUUGGUGGCCAGAGGUAUUUGUGUGUGGAAGAGCCUGGAGGAAGUGGUCACGUAUGAGGGUGAGAAAGUUUUGAAUGGUUUGUUCGGCGUGCCGAAGCCCUCUUUUACAGACGAUGGGGCCCUCUCCAGAGCGGCUUAUCAAACUGGUACAGGCCACAAUCUGGCUGUUAGGGAGAAAAGUGAUGGCAAGGCGUUGGUAGCUGGACGUUGG